UCGAAACAUCUUCUGAUGCCGUUGUUGCCUUAUCCCGCCUCUCUAGGCUUCGAAGAGAAUUACGGCCCCUCAACGCUUCAGAAAAAAUAAUUUCUGCUACAUUGAAUCCGGAGGUAACUAGGUUAUCCAAUAAAGUUCAAAAGGAGCAUAGUGAGCAACGCGAAAAUGAAGGAAUAGAUUUUCCAGACCACUUCUCGUUAGAAUCGGUCAAGAAAAGAUUGGAUGAGUACGAUGUAUCUAAUAUACCUGACAAACAGGCCCUAGCCGAUAUAAUGAUAAUGCUCUGCAUUCAUCCUGCUGAAAUUAAAAACUUGCGUAUAUCUAAUGGGGCUGUAACUGGAUAUGCAAAAAACCGAGGUCAACAGGAUAUUUCUCGGGUGUUUAGAUCACUAGAAAAGAAUAGGGAGUGGGCUAAGCAACUCCUUACUUGGAUUCAGGAUAAUAUUUGUUUUGGACAGUUAAAGGACCCAGGAAAACUUGAAUCUACGUACUUAAGUACAUUUUUGAAAAAAGACGAAUUUAUUCCUGAAAGUGGUGAACCAUUACUUCCUAGCUCCUUAUGCAAAUUAGGGGCAGUAUUUGCUUCUGUAGCGCAUAGGCCUAAAAAUGCAUCAAAGGCUAGUACUUAUGCUAGUGAGGCAUUAAGGCAUAGUCCUGACAACCACACUUCUCCAUCUAAAAGAUAUACUAUAGUCAAUAUGUGGAAAAGAGGAGAACCAUAUAAUCAGGCAAGGCCAUUCUAUAAGCAAAAUGCGAAAGUGUAUAGUGUGCUUUCUAAAGAGAUUAAAGCGUUAGAUAAAAAACUGGAUGAUUAUCAUUCUGAAGAAACUGUGGUUAACUGUAUUAAGUCUUUUUCUGCGUCAACUAUUUUGAGACUGGGUGUGGAUGAUAUUGAUUAUGUAAAAGCUAAG